AUGGCAAGCAUCAAAGGCGAAAAUGAUAUAGAUAGUUCGCCUUUAUUACACCAAACAGGAAAUGACCACACUUCUUUCCCUAGUAUGGCUUACUCAAGCUAUCGGCACGAACGAGACCACAGCGAUGACUUUGUCGGGUAUAGCGCUGUAGAACCAGCCUCGACGCUCGAUCAUGCGAUCUUCCGGGCGCCUCCCCAUGCGCAGCAGCAGUCUGAUCAGGCCGAAUCCAGCGCGCCAGCACAAGAAUCGAAACCCUGCUUCCCUGCGCUUGCAACUCGGCUGGAGAUACCUCGAUUUGAAGACAGGCGUCUGUCAUCUCGAGAAUCUUACAGGCUUAACAUCAAAGGAAAGCCGACCAGACUCAGAUCGCUAGACACGGGCCAGAAACCCAAGUCUACCUACAUGGGACGCUCCAGGUCUUUGCUACAAGUGCUGAGUCCAUCAGCUAUUCGACAGAAUAUCUUAUCGCCAAGUGAACGCUACUCGGCUGUUCAUGAGCUCGAUGAAUUAAAUGAAGAAUACCAUGUCGAUAUAGACAUUUCACUACUCGAAGGCCCGGAAGCUGCAGCAUCAUGGUCUCAAAAUAGACCUCUCACGGGCACCGAUCCCGUGUCGUCACCGGAGCAGCAAAUUGGUCCAGAUCCAAUAUUAAGGACUGAGACACCUCUAAAUAGAAAGAGCACCACAUCUCGUAUUUCCAGAAUCGGGAUUGAUGACACAAUGCGACAGUACGGGCAACAGCUAGCAAAUGAGAGGAAGAUGAUUGUCUCUGUGAAAGAGUCUGCACCGGCCGUUGAUUUAAGUACCCUAGAAGGUACCGAUCGUCGCAUGUCAAAAAACAGCUUUUCCUUUGUAAACCAGGCUGCUUCUAGUGGCAAUGAGGCUAGUUUCUUCUACCCAACCGACCCGGAAAAGCCCAAUUGGAAGCCAUUCUCAAUGAAGACUCCCUACAUAUUGAUGCUCAUCGUCGUGUCGCUUGUAUUGGCCGCUGUCCAGGAAUAUCUCUACCAACAAUCAAAGGCUUUGGAAGCCCAGGGAAACGGCCUGAUUCAGUAUAACAAGGUGGCUGAUAUACCUAUGGCUGAAUUCUUUGCGUGGAAAUAUCUUCCCACAAUGGUCACAGUUGCAUAUGGUGUCUUAUGGCAAUUGAUGGAGUAUAAUGCCAAGAGACUGGAGCCGUAUUACCAAUUAUCUCAGCCAACGGGGAAUACUGCUGCAAGGUCACUCAACCUGGACUAUGUUUCGAUGUUUCCUUAUCUUGUACCUUUCAAAGCCAUUAGAAAUGGUCAUUGGACGGUGGCAGUUGCAUCAAUAGGAGCCAUAUUUGCAACAACAGCAGCUCCCUCACUGCAGAAUCCUUCUAUCACAUCUACGAAAAACCCAAGUUGCAAAGACCUCAAGUGUUCUGAGGCCAACGGCGCUUUUCAUAUUUUGCAAGUCAACUCGGUUUGGUCUCGUCUUGUAACAGCAACACUUGUCAUAGUCGCGGCAAUGGCAGUAGUACUUUUGUUUCAACUGCGGCGAAAGUCAGGAUUGUUGAGUGACCCGAAAGGAAUUGGAGGAAUUGCAUCAAUGGCGACAAAAUCACACAUUCUCAAUGACUUUCAAGGUAUGGACGAAGCCACGGGAGACGAUAUCCACAAGAAAUUACGACACCGGCGUUAUGUACUGUACAAAUCAAGCAUCUGGCAAGGAGAGUACAUGAGACAUACAGAUGACCUUGGAUAUGAUGAUGAAAAGCAACAAGUACACUCUCCGCAUCCCAUUAUACUGCGCCUCGUCCCUGGUAUUGCGUUUCUCGCAUACCUCGCACUUCUUGUUGCCGCUAUUCCGAUCGUCACUUGGACCGCCGUAAACGAUGCGGCGCGAAGGGUACCGUGGCUCCCAGUUCUCCUAGCUGCAAUUGUCAAGCAGCUUUGGUCGACCCUGGAGUUCGCGGUAAGAAUGCUGGAGCCGUACUUCAUUCUUUCUCGAGGUCACGCGCGGCCCGAGAAAACGUUAACGAUGGAUUACCAAGGUACUCCAUAUGGAGUGUUGGCUUUUCGGGCCAUCUUGAACCGGCACUAUCUGGUUGCCCUUACUGGGCUGGGGUCUGUCCUCAGCGAUGUAUUAACUGUAACUUCAUCCUCCCUUUCCAUGCAAGAUGAAACGGCAACAUCAUUCACAGCAUCGUCGACUCUUUCAACAGCAAUCUUGUUUUUCCUCCUAUGUUCUGCAGCCCUCAUCUGGUUCCGUCGUCGCCAUGCAUUUCUGCCAAGACAGCCGUCAACGAUUGCUUCGGUUCUGGCAUUCAUUCAUCAGUCGCGCAUGCUUGAUGACUUUGUCAAUACGGAACGCUUCAGCGACGACGAGAUGCGCACCAUGCUCAUGAGUCGAAACAAACGUUACGGCCUCGGCUGGUACCGGGGGAGAGAUGGCAAGCCGCACUGUGGAGUAGACGAAGAGCCGCUGCUGAGCAAGUAUGUGCAUGGAGUGAGCUACAGGAAGGCGCAGGCUCCGUGGGAAGAUAGUGUCGGGUUCUAG